AUGGCGAGCCAGAACGAAUUGCGAGAAGCGAAAUCGGAGUCUCUGAAUCUUCCCAAAACCCUCGAUCCUUCAUCUCCUUCUCCCACCGAUGCCUCAAGAUCAUCCGUUGACGCGACCCGACCCGAUCCUUCUUCUUCUACUCGCUCUCGCUCUAGGACUACUUCAUCCUCCUCUUCAGACCUCCGUUUCCCAAAGAGCAAGUGUGCGAUUUGCUUGGAUGAGAUCAGAAAAGAAGACGGGAAGGCCAUAUUUACUGCAGAGUGUUCUCACUCGUUCCAUUUCAAUUGUAUAACAUCAAACGUGAGACACGGAAACAGGAUCUGUCCUUUAUGCAGAACUCAAUGGAAACAAGUCCCUUUGUGUGAUGAUAAUAACACUGUCCCUACUCUUUCGGCUCAAAGAGGUUUUGAAGAUGAUGAGGCUUUACCUCACGGAGAGACCCAAAUCCAGAGUGAUGGUGUUGCUCCUCGUCAAGCCCUUGAGAUUAAUCUGUUUCCAGAAGUCUCUGCAGUGGCGAAAUCGGUCACUCGUGGUGAUUUUGCUGUUCUGGUUCAUCUUAAAGCGGAUGGUGUGAGCAAUGAUGAUAGGCGCACUCGUGCUCCUUUGGAUCUCAUUACGGUUCUUGAUGUGAGUGGUAGCAUGGAAGGAAUGAAAAUGCAGCUUAUGAAAAAUGCAAUGGGUUUUGUGAUUCAGAAUCUUGGUGAGACGGAUAGGCUCUCUGUGAUUGCUUUCUCCUCCACGGCUCGACGACUAUUCCCACUUCGAUUGAUGUCUGAAACGGGCAAGCAAGUGGCGAUGCAGGCUGUUAACUCCUUGUUUGCUGAAGGUGGGACAAACAUUGCUGAGGGACUUAAGAUUGGUGCUAGAGUGAUCGAGGAUAGGCGAUGGAAGAACCCGGUUUCCGGGAUAAUGCUUUUGUCAGAUGGGCAGGACAACUUUACUCUUGCUUAUAAUGGUCUCCGUUUGAGAGCAGAUUACGAGUCUUUGCUUCCGGGUUCUUCCCGGAUUCCAAUUCAUACAUUUGGGUUUGGCUCAGAUCACGAUGCUGAGCUGAUGCAUACAAUAUCACAAGUCUCUAGGGGCACGUUUUCAUUCAUCGAAACAGAGACUGUGAUUCAGGAUGCUUUUGCGCAAUGCAUUGGAGGGCUUCUCAGUGUUGUGAUUCUUGAACAAGCUGUCGAAAUCGAAUGCAUCCAUGAGCAGGGCCUGAAAAUAUCCUCCAUAAAAGCAGGAAGCUACAGAAGCCGCAUAGCAUCUGAUGCAAGAACCGCCACAAUCGAUGUCGGAGACAUGUACGCAGAAGAAGAAAGGGACUUCCUCGUGAUUCUUGAGGUUCCUUGCGGGUCUGCUGAAUCCGAAUCCAUGUCUUUGCUGAAGGUUAGAUGCGUGUACAAAGAUCCUGUUACGAAUGAGAUAGUCCGUGUGGAAUCUGGAGAAGUAAAUAUCCAAAGGCCAAUAGAGCUAACAGGAGAAGAAGUUGUGACCAUUGAGGUUGACAGACAACUAAAUAGGUUCCUUGUUUCACAAGCAAUGUCAGAGGCUAGGGUUUUAGCUGAUCGAGGUGAACUGAGCGCAGCAGUGGAGCUUCUGAGGAGCCGUGAGAGAGCAUUAUCGGAGACAGCGUCUGCUCGGUCCAGAGAUAGGCUUUGUCAAUCAUUGUCCGCUGAGCUGAGUGCGUUGCAAGAAAGGAUGACGAGUCGGAGGACGUACCAAAGAUCAGGUCGAGCUUACUUCUUCUCGAGCAUGAGCUCGCAUUCAACUCAAAGAGCAACGGCUCGUGGAAACUCGACCCAGGGUUAUAGCCCGGUUCAGGCUUACCAGACGAGCCACAUGGCUGGUAUGGUGAGUCGGUCUCAGCAACUGGUGAUCGAAAGCCCUAACCCGUCGUCUUCUCCAGCUCGUGAAGACCGAAGCUGA